CCGGUUUUACCAAAAACAAAAGAAAAUGCUAAACCGGUUGGAAAGAUGAGUCCGCUGGCGCUCACUUAUAGACAAAUAGACUAUGGCAAAUGGUUGAAACUUUAAUUUAUCUUGUACCGGCUACAACGCUAUUAACAUGUGACAAUGUCCCUUCCGCGUUCAUUCUCACGUGCCCAACUUAUCACUGAAAGAGAAAAAAGUCCUAAACCCCUGACCUAUACAGUCAGAGACUAACCUGAAAUUAGCUGGUUUUAGAUAUGGCAGCGACCAAUUUAUAUGGUUGAACCGAUACUUAACCGAAAAGCUUCUUUCUUUUUAGGGUGGAUGUGGGGGAGUCAACGCUUCUUUUUUGAGUAUAAAGAUGUUUUGUCACAACACUCAAACACUACAAACAAAAAUGGAUUCAUGGAUACUGAAGUUGCUGCUGGCACAACUUCUGCUUGUAUUGAUUCAGCGUGCUAAUGCAAGCUCUAUCAUCAAACAUCUUCCCGGCUUUGAAGGCCCUCUUCCUUUUGAGCUUGAAACCGGGUACAUUGGUGUUGGUGAGGCAGAGGAAGAUCAAAUGUUCUACUACUUCAUCAAAUCUGAAAAGAACCCUGAAGAAGACCCUCUUCUUGUCUGGUUAACUGGAGGACCUGGCUGCUCUUCUUUCUCUGGCCUUGUUUAUGAGAAUGGGCCUCUUGCUUUCAAGGUUGAGGCCUAUAAUGGAAGUAUCCCCACUUUGGUAUCUACUACAUAUUCAUGGACUAAGGUAGCGAAUAUAAUAUAUCUGGACCAGCCUGUCGGGACUGGUUUUUCCUACUCAAGAAAUCCUCUUGCUGAUAGACUAAGUAUCACAGGAUCAGUUAAGCGGGUCCACGAGUUUCUUCGUAAGUGGCUAGACAAGCAUCCUGAGUAUUUCUCCAAUCCAUUUUAUCUCGCUGGAAACUCUUAUUCCGGCAUGAUGAUUCCGGCCAUUGUUCAAGAAAUCUCAAAUGGAAAUUAUAUAUGCUGCAAACCUCAAAUAAAUCUUCAGGGAUAUGUGCUUGGAAACCCGGUAACAAACGGUGAUCUUGAUAAUAACACUCGCAUUCCGUUUGCUCACGGAAUGGCACUCAUCUCCGAUGAACUCUUUGAGUCGAUGAAGAAAAGCUGUGGAGAAAAUUAUAUUAAUGUGGAUCCUCAAAACACAGAGUGCUUGAAACUCGUUAAAGACUUCAACAAGUGUGUUUCUGGAGUAUAUGAAGAACUGAUCUUACAAUCAAACUGUGAUAAAACAUCUCCUGAUUGCUAUACAUAUCGAUAUUCGCUGUCUGAAUACUGGGCUAAUAACGAGAUCGUACGUAGAGCACUUAGAGUUGUGAAGGGGACAACAGGGGAAUGGGACCGAUGUAACUGGAAUGUGCAGUGCAACAAAGACAUUCCAAGUAGUAUACCAUACCAUAUGAAUAACAGCAUCAAAGGCUAUCGAUCUCUUAUCUUUAGUGGUGAUCACGAUAUGACAAUCCCUUUCGUUGGAACUCAAGACUGGGUAAGGUCACUAAACUUUUCCAUUCUUGAGAAAUGGAGGCCAUGGAUGAUAAAUGAUCAAGUCGCUGGAUACACCAAGACUUAUGCUAAUAAGAUGACAUUUGCCACUGUGAAAGGAGGCGGGCACACAUUAGAGUAUAAACCAGUGGAGAGCUCAAUCUUGUUCGAGAGGUGGAUAAGUGACCAACCUCUUUAAACGUAGAAACCUUAAUCUUGGAGUUAUCUGAUUAAUGUUGAAGCCGAAAGUGUUUGGUUUCUGGAUUCAUAGACAGAAAUAUUUUGUUUUUUUCUGUUUUUGACUAAAGUUUUUUCUUGUUUUGAACCGUUUAUUCAAUUUGCUUUCAAC